AUGUUGAAGUCGUUCUCUUGCCUCAUUUCUCUCGCCGUGCUCGCCCUCUCGGUCUGCGGCCAUGAGCAUGAGCGCCAGAUUCCCUUAGAGCAGUUCGCAUCGACGGUCGACGGCUACGAUUACGCAGAUGCAGAUGCAUGGCUCAAGAAAUAUGGGAAACAGAUUGAUCAGGGCUUCUCUGGCCCUUUGGCGUUCGCUCAUCUGCCAUACAGUCGCUGUUUGGAAGAUACCGCGACCGAGUUUGACAUAGCGCUUUUGGGCAUGCCCUUCGACACUGCAGUUACGUAUCGUCCUGGUGCGCGCUUUGGUCCAUACGCUAUUCGUUCUGGCAGCAGAAGGCAAAGGGAGACGCGAGGAUACACCUUAGCCUGGAGGGUGAACCCGUACGAACUGGGUUCAAAGAUCAUUGAUUGUGGUGAUGUGCCAGUCAGCCCAUUCGACAAUGCACUGGCUGUCGACCAAAUGGAGGUCGCCUACUCCAGCCUGCUCGCCCGACCAGUCGUCACCAAGGGUUUGACUGAUAGCCCCGCUGUUGUUCGCGACUUCGCAAAGGACGGCCAGGAGCACCCCCGAAUUAUCACUCUCGGCGGCGACCAUACCAUCGUUCUCCCGAUCCUCCGCUCACUUCACAAAGUCUACGGACCGAUCUCUGUUAUCCAUUUCGAUGCUCACUUGGAUACUUGGGCUGCAUACCCGGGGACGAGCACAGAGCAGUCACGAGUAACUCACGGCACCUUUUUCUACCUCGCUCAGGAAGAAGGCUUGAUGACCAACACGAGCAUCCAUGCUGGCAUCCGUUGCAAGCUCGCCGGCAUAGGCGAUAUAGAGAACGACCAAACAGUCGGCUUCCAGCUGAUCUCGACUGAUGACAUUGAUGAUCUAGGUGUUACCGAGAUCAUCAAGCGUAUUCGCAAACGCGUCGGUAGCUCACCCGUAUACUUGAGUCUCGACAUCGAUGUCAUAGAUCCUGGUUUGGCUCCUGCGACUGGCACGCCCGAGGCUGGAGGCUGGACCACGCGUGAAGUGAAGCGCAUUAUCCGUGGUCUUGCUGGGCUUAACUUCGUAGGCGCGGACAUCGUCGAGGUUGCUCCUGCGUACGAUAAUGCGGAGAUCACCGGCAUUGCAGCGGCUGACAUCGUCCAUGACUUCCUCUCCAUGUUCCUCACUCAAGAACCUCCCAAAACGCCAAAAUUCUCCGCUGCAGUGAGAGAUGAAUUGUGA